AUGGGGUUCUUUAUUCCUCAGAGUAGCUUGGGAAACUUAAAGCUUUACAAGUAUCAAAGUGACGAUCGCUCUUUCCUCUCAAAUCAUUUUUUGAGACCGUUUUGGAGAAAGUUUGCCACUAUUUUCCCAUUAUGGAUGGCACCAAAUUUAGUAACCUUAUUAGGGUUCUGCUUCAUUAUAUUCAACGUAUUAACAACUCUUUACUAUGAUCCAUAUUUUAACCAAGAAUCCCCUCGCUGGACUUAUUUCUCCUAUGCUAUAGGUUUGUUUUUAUACCAGACCUUCGAUGCUUGCGAUGGUAUGCAUGCACGUCGUACAGGUCAGCAAGGUCCUCUAGGGGAAUUGUUUGACCAUUGUAUCGAUUCAAUCAACACAACGUUGUCAUUGAUUCCGGUCUGUUCCAUGACUGGUAUGGGUUACUCAUAUAUGACUAUAUUUUCGCAAUUUUCAAUAUUGUGCAGCUUUUACCUGAGUACAUGGGAAGAGUAUCAUACCCAUAAGCUGUAUUUAGCUGAAUUCUGCGGCCCUGUUGAGGGUAUUAUUACUUUGUGUAUAUGGUUCAUCGCAGUUGGCAUUUACGGACCUGAGGUCGUCUGGCACACCAAAGUCGCACAAUUUUCUUGGAAAGAUUAUGUGUUCGAUGUCGAAACCGUUCAUCUGAUGUACGCUUUUUGCACAGGCGCUUUAAUAUUUAAUAUCGCUUCAUCUCAUGGAAAUGUUGUAAAGCAUUAUGAGUCUCAAGCGGACAAAUCUAAAAAUCCAGAAAAAACAGCAGAUGAUAUUAGUAAUGCUGUAAACGGUCUUUUGCCAUUCUUUGCAUACUUCUCUUCAAUUUUUACAUUGGUUUUAAUUCAGCCAGCUUUCAUUUCUUUGGCUUUGGUUUUAUCAGUUGGUUUUUCGGUUGCCUUUGUAGUUGGUCGCAUGAUUAUUGCACAUUUGACUAUGCAACCGUUUCCAAUGGUCAAUUUCCCAUUUUUCAUCCCUACCAUUCAAUUGUUCUUAUACGCGUUUAUGGUUUAUUUUCUAGAUUAUAAAAUGGAAAUGGUAGUUUCGGCUCUAAUUUGGAUGGGAUUUGGUUUAACACUUGCUAUUCAUGGAAUGUUCAUAAAUGAUAUUAUUUUUGACAUAACCACAUAUUUGGAUAUUUACGCCUUGUCAAUUAAACAUCCAAAGGAGACCUAA